AUGUCUAUCAAGACAGUGUUUAUCUCGCUACUGGCAUUGGCUGGGGCAGUCUCGGUGCCCCAGACAGAUUUCGAUGUCAUUGUGGUUGGUGGGGGCCCUGCAGGUCUCAGUGCUCUCAGUGGUGUCGCUCGGGUCCGACGCAAUGCUUUGUUAUUCGACAACCAGCAGUAUCGGAACGCCCCAACCCGUGAAAUGCACGAUGUCAUUGGAAAUGACGGCACCCCGCCUGCGACGUUCCGAGGUCUGGCACGAGAGCAGAUCUCGAAAUACGACACCGUUCACUGGAAGAACGAGACUGUCGCCUCCAUUGUACCACUGGACGGUGAUUUUUCAGUUUUCAAUGUCACUGACGCGACCGGCGCGAGCUACACCGCACGCAAGAUCGUGCUUGGUACGGGCUUGCGCGACUUGAUCCCUCCGACACCGGGAAUGCGUGAGGCAUUCGGUAAAGGGAUCUUUUGGUGUCCCUGGUGUGACGGUUAUGAACACCGUGACCAGCCCUUCGGCAUUGUCGCUGAUGUCGCCAAUGUGCUUGGUGCAGUGUUAGAGGUCCACACCCUGAACAGCGAUAUUAUCGCAUUCACCAAUGGUACACGGACACCUGAUGGAGAGGCUCGUGCUGCGGCAAAGUAUCCCGACUGGGACAAACAGCUGGAGGCUUGGAACGUCACCAUCGAUAACCGUAUUAUCCAGUCCUUUGAGCGUCUUCAGGAUGGUGGCGCGCACCGGGACAAUGACGAGGAUAAACAGUAUGAUAAGUUCCGUGUGCACUUCACUGAAGGUGAGCCAGUGGAGCGGAAUGCUUUCCUUGUUGACUACCCCACCGACCAGACCUCAACACUCCCAUAUCAGAUGGGCCUUGAAAUGGACGGCAGCAAAAUUAAGGUCGCAAGUUCUAUGCGAACCAACGAGACCGGUGUCUUCGCUAUCGGAGAUGCUAACAGCGAUGGCUCCACCAACGUCCCUCAUGCUAUGUUCAGCGGUAAGCGCGCUGCCGUUUACAUUCAUGUGGAAAUGUCUCGCGAGGAGUCUAAGUCAAAGAUCUCCAAGCGUGAGGGCAUGAUUUCUCAACGCGAACUCGAGGAGGAGGCUAACAAGGCUAUUGGUGACAACCUUGAGCGCGAAUGGAAGCGGGCUCAGGAUUUGCAGUGA